UAUAAUGAACCGACGACGGUCCUGUUAACCGGAAAUGAAAGGGCAUUAGAUUUUGUGUUGCAAUACAUUAAUUAUUUAUAAAUAGUUUUUGAACUCAAUCUUCGAAUUCUGUCGUUAUGGGUAGCAAUUAAUCGAGGAACACCAUCUCUAUUCGUUCCCAAAACAUUACGUGAACAUAACCUUAUUCAAUUUGUCAGUUACCAUUUGCAAUUUUUCGUAGGUUAUUACGAAAUUUGAAUAUUUAUUUAAUGGAUUGGACGAAUUAAUAAUACCUCAUAAAGUUGAUGUAAAAUCCAUCAUUAUAAAAUGGUUGAUUCAGAAAAAGAAGAGGCAGUGAAUUUGCAAAAAGAAUUCGAGUGGGUUCUACAUCAAGAAAUUCAUAAAGGAUUGGACCAAAUUCAUCAAAUAUUAGUGGAAUGUGCCAGACGAUUUCCAGUAGCUCUUUAUGGACAUGAUAAUUCCAGUAAACAGGACAAAUUUGUUCUCUCAGUACCGCUUGAUCAGCUAAAAUGCAUUGUUACUUUAACUGGGGAUAGCAUUACGCAUGCUGAUAUAAACUUCAAAGUGAGCCGCCAAAAUUCGGGUACUAUUGUAAGAACUUCAAUUCAAAGUGAAUAUCCUUGGAAAUUGCAACAAGUUCAAGAUGCUGCAAAUCAUUUACAACAAGCUAUAUAUCAUAUUGAUGAUGUUGGCAAGAACUAUAAAUUUAAGUCAUCAGAUGAAGUUUUGCAUAUUUUGGGAAAUAUCUUGGGUAGCCUCCAAAGAGGCAGGACCAGUUUAAUAGUGCCCAGGAAGAAAACAAUGGACGAUUUAAUUAAAAGUCGAAAUAUGAAAUCCCUGUCUCCUAAUUUGACGGAAGAUCUGGCCAUAAGUUUUUACAUUCAAAGCCACAAGUUAAUAUUUGCAAUAUAUCAGUUGACGAACAACCAUGGAGUCAUGAAAUAUGAGUCAACUCAUGCUGAAUGCUCUGUGCCUUGGUUAAAUGAAGUGUUGGUGCUGUUUACGGUGGGUUUACAGCUUUGUCAACAAUUGAAAGAUAAGAUCUGCGUUUUUUCUCAAUACAAAGACUUCACAGUAGGAUCCCGACCGAACAGUCCUGUAAAUUAACGAACGGAAAUCUCACCAUAGUCACUAAUAUUAGGGUAACCUUAGACAUUUUAAACAGAAUAUUUUUAUUUGAAGAUUCCACAAUAUUGUCAAUUGUUAUUACCGCACUGCAUGCGAUAAUGUUAGAAUAGGGAAACAAAUCUACUUAGCCUUAAGUAUUUGUUCGUGUUAUGUCAUGUCAUUAAGUUAUUGUCUACCAGUUUUAAAAACUUGACACUAUUUAACUUUUUUCUUCUAUACUGUAGGUUGUUCAUCUAUGCAAAAACGAAAAUUUUGUUAUUUCGUCUCUCGAUCUAACUAAAUGGUAUUAGUUGAGCUUAUCAUCUCACUGUUCAAAUUGAUGUUAUAGUAAUUUUUUGUAUAUAAUGUAUUAAUUUUAACUGUUCAAAAAUAGCAAUAAAAUCAAAUUUUAGUCCAAACUUAUUAUGAC